GAGGAAUUGUGGGUUGUGUGUGCCUUUAAAGGCAGAAAAUGCACAAUGGUUUGCUGAGACAUAUGGGCUGAGUCCACAAUCGCUGAGUCUAGAAGACACUACUGGUCACCUGAUCAAUGUAACCUUAAAAGUCAAGAAUUUAAUAAAGGUAACUACCACUACAUAGGUUGUAAUCAUCACUAAGGCCCAGUUGUCUGAAGGUAGCCAUAGUUCACCCCAGUUUAGUUUUACCAAAACACUUCAAUAUCAAGGAUUUUUUUUUCCUUUAUUGCAGAGUAUUGUCUGUUCAGAGGGGAGUCAUGAUAUGUCAUCUGAGAAGAACACAAGCCAACCUAAUAAGCCCUAUGACAACCUCGAUGAGGAGGAGAAGGAAAAUAUCAGGGCUCUCCUAUUUAUUAUGGAUAGAUUUUCCAUUUCACUGGAGGGAUAUCAUGAACUCACCCAAGUUGAAAAUAGUCUCCCCAUGACAUAUCUAACUGAAAGCUGCACCAAGGUUUUGGACAGUAAAUGGGAAGUUACACGGACACUAGGAGAUGCUCCAGGUGCAGAGCUGCCAUCCAAACUUCUGCUGGAGCAUGAAGUUCGACAGCACCUGAAGAAUAUUGAAUUGCCUGUACAAACCAUGAAAGUGAAGAUAUCAGGAGAUGGCACCAGAAUGUCUCACAGCAGCAAUGUUUUUGUGUGUUCAUUUGCCAUUGUGGAGAAUGGACAAAAUUAUUUGUCAAGCUCAGGAAACCACACUAUUGCCAUCAUCAAGGGAAAGGAGGAGCAGCAGACUCUAAAAGCAUAACUAACAAAUGUCAUCUGUGAUGUGAAUGCCAC